UGUCUGCCAGCUGAGAAGAACAAGGAAGGAAGGCAGCCACACAGGACAGUGCUAUGGCUUUGCCCAUGGUCAAGGGAGCUUUGUGCAGGAGACAGCCCUCCUGGUUUCCCAUGAGGAGAGAAUGGGCUCUGCUCUUGUCCACGCUGCUCUUUGGCCUGGCUGGCCCAACACGUCUCUUCCAGCCGAGCCUGGUACUGGAUAUGGCCAAGGUCCUCUUAGAUAACUACUGCUUCCCAGAGAACCUGAUGGGGAUGCAGGAAGCCAUUCAGCAGGCCAUCAAAAGCGGUGAGAUCCUGGACAUCUCAGACCCUCAGACACUGGCCCGUGUUCUGACAGUCGGGGUGCAGAGCUCCUUGAACGACCCUCAUCUGGUUAUCUCCUAUGAGCCCAGUGCCCUCACAGCUCCUCAGAAAAUUACAGCACUCACCAAUCUCACACAAGAGGAACUGCUUGCCCAGCUGCAAAAGGGCAUCCACCAUGAUGUUCUGGAGAGCAACGUGGGCUACUUGCGGGUGGAUGACAUUCCAAGCCAGGAGGUGGUGAGCAAACUCGGGGACUUCCUGGUGGCCAACAUCUGGAGACAGCUCCUGGGCACCUCCGCCUUGGUGCUAGACCUCCGACACUGUACUGGAGGCCAUGUUUCUGGCAUCCCCUAUGUCAUCUCCUACUUGCACCCAGGAAACACGGUCCUGCAUGUGGACACCAUCUAUGACCGUCCCUCCAAUACGACCACUGAGAUCUGGACCCUGCCCCAGGUCCUGGGAGAGAGGUACAGUGCUGACAAGGACGUUGUGGUCCUCACCAGUGGCCACACCGGAGGAGUGGCUGAGGACAUUGCUUACAUCCUCAAACAGAUGCGCAGAGCCACCAUCGUGGGUGAACGGACCAUGGGGGGUGCCCUGGACCUCCAGAAGCUGAGAAUAGGGCACUCUGAUUUUUUCCUCACUGUACCUGUGUCCAGAUCCUUGGGGCCUCUUGGUGGGGGCAGUCAGACGUGGGAGGGCAGUGGGGUGCUUCCUUGUGUGGGGAUACCAGCUGAGCAGGCCCUAGAGAAGGCCCUGGCCAUUCUCACACUGCGCAGGGCCCUGCCAGAAGUCAUGCGACACCUGCAGGAGGCCCUGCAGGACUACUACACUCUGGUGGACCGUGUGCCUGCCCUUCUGCACCACCUGGCUAGCAUGGACUUCACCAUGGUGGUUUCUGAGGAGGAUCUGAUCACGAAGCUCAACGCUGGUCUGCAGGCUGUGUCUGAGGACCCUAGGCUCCUGGUACGGCCAAUCAGGCCCAAAGAAACCCCUUCUGGGCCUGAGGCUGGAGCCGAUGACCUACCAGAGGUGGCCCCAACAGUGCCAGAGGAUGAGGUUGCCCGGCAGGCCCUGGUGGACUCUGUGUUCCAGGUGUCGGUGCUGCCAGGCAAUGUGGGUUACCUGCGCUUCGACAGAUUUGCUGAUGCCUCUGUGCUGGGGGCACUGAGCCCAUACAUCCUACGCCAAGUGUGGGAGCCUCUGCAGGACACAGAACACCUCAUCCUGGACCUGCGCCAGAACACUGGGGGGCCAUCCUCCGCUGUGCCCAUGCUGCUGUCCUACUUUCAGGGCCCUGAGGCCAGCCCUGUACGCCUCUUCACCACCUACGAUCGCCGCACCAAUGUCACCCAGGAGCACUUCAGCUGCACAGAGCUGCUGGGCCAGCGCUAUGGCUCCCAUCGCGGGGUAUACCUGCUCACCAGCCACCGCACUGCCACGGCUGCUGAGGAACUGGCCUUCCUCAUGCAGUCACUGGGCUGGGCCACGCUGGUGGGUGAGAUCACUGCAGGCAGCCUGCUUCACACCCACACGGUGCCUCUGCUGGACACCCCAGAGGGUGGCCUGGCACUCACAGUGCCUGUGCUCACCUUCAUUGACAACCAUGGUGAGUGCUGGCUCGGGGGUGGUGUGGUGCCUGAUGCCAUUGUGCUGGCUGAGGAGGCCCUGGACAAAGCACAGGAGGUUCUGGAGUUCCACCGCAGCCUGGGAGCCUUGGUAGAGGGCACAGGACGCCUGUUGGAGGCCCACUAUGCACGGCCAGAGGUUGUUGGGCGGACAGGAGACCUGCUACGAGCCAAGCUGGCCCAGGGGGCCUAUCGCACAGCUGUGGACCUGGAGUCACUGGCCUCCCAGCUCACAGCUGACCUGCAGGAGAUGUCUGGGGACCACCGUCUGUUGGUGUUCCACAGCCCAGGUGAAUUGGCAGCAGAGGAGUUGCCCCCGCCACCCCCUGCCAUUUUCUCUCCAGAGGAGCUCUCCUACCUCAUUGAGGCCCUGUUCAAGACAGAAGUGCUGCCUGGCCCACUGGGCUACUUGCGUUUUGAUGCCAUGGCUGAGUUGGAGACAGUAAAAGCCAUUGGGCCGCAGCUGGUGCAGAUGGUGUGGCAGAGGCUGGUGGACACGGCUGCACUGGUUGUCGAUCUGCGCUACAACCCUGGCAGCUACUCCACGGCUGUGCCCCUGCUGUGCUCCUACUUUUUUGAGGCAGAGCCCCUCCAGCACCUCUACUCUGUCUUUGACAGGGCCACCUCAACAGUCACGGAGGUAUGGACCCUGCCCCAGUUGGCUGGUCAGCGCUAUAGCCCCCACAAGGACCUCUACAUCCUGAUGAGCCACACCAGUGGGUCAGCAGCUGAGGCUUUUGCUCACACCAUGCAGGACCUGCAGCGGGCCACAGUCAUCGGGGAGCCCACUGCUGGAGGGGCGCUUUCUGUGGGCAUCUACCAGGUGGGCAGCAGUCCCUUAUAUGCCUCCAUGCCCACGCAGAUGGCCCUGAGUGCCAGCACAGGCAAGGCCUGGGACCUGGCAGGGGUAGAGCCUGACAUCACAGUGCCCAUGAGUGAAGCCCUCUCCACAGCUCAGGACAUAGUGGCCUUGCGUUUGAAGGUGCCCACUGUGCUACAGACAACCGGGAAGCUGGUUGCUGAUAACUACGCCUCCCCUGAUCUAGGGGCCAAGAUGGCUGCCAAGCUGAGCCAUCUGCAGAGCCGCUACUCCAGGGUGACCUCUGAAGGGGCCUUGGCUGAGAUGCUGGGGGCUGACCUGCAGGUGCUUUCUGGGGAUCCACACUUGAAGGCAGCCCAUAUCCCUGAGGAUGCCAAGGACCGCAUUCCUGGGAUUGUGCCCAUGCAGAUCCCUUCCCCUGAAGUCUUUGAAGACCUGAUCAAGUUUUCCUUCCACACUAAUGUGCUUGAGGACAACAUUGGCUACUUGAGGUUUGACAUGUUUGGAGACUGUGAACUGCUCACCCAGGUAUCAGAGCUGCUGGUGGAGCAUGUGUGGAAGAAGAUUGUGCACACAGAUGCCAUGGUUAUUGACAUGAGGUUCAACAUUGGUGGCCCCACAUCCUCCAUUUCUGCGCUGUGCUCUUACUUCUUUGACAAAGGCCCUCCCAUUCUGUUGGACAAAAUCUACAGCCGGCCCAAUGACUCUGUCAGUGAGCUCUGGACACACACCCAGCUAGCAGGUGAACGCUAUGGCUCCAAGAAGAGAGUGGUCAUUCUUACCAGCAGUGUAACGGCCGGGGCGGCGGAGGAAUUCACCUAUAUCAUGAAAAGGCUGGGCCGAGCUUUGGUCAUCGGGGAGGUGACCAGUGGGGGCUGCCAGCCUCCACAGACCUACCAUGUGGAUGACACACACCUCUACAUCACCAUCCCCACAGCCCGUUCAGUGGGGGCUACAGACGGUAGCUCCUGGGAAGGGGUGGGAGUGGUGCCUCAUGUGACUGUUCCUGCAGAGGCAGCCCUCACCAGGGCCAAGGAGAUGCUCCAGCACACUAUGAUAAGAUCGAGUUGGGGACCUGGCCAGCAGGGCCCCCCAGAGGGCUUCCAUGGACAGAGCCCUGUGGUAGGCGGGACCUCUGGGCCACACACCAAGGGACCUCAGGUCCUUGGUUUUGCCUGAGGACCCAGGGUGCAGAAAAGGGGCCUGCUGAGCUCCGGUUAGGCUUAGAAUUGUAAGUACCCUUGGAGCUCAUUCACCUGGUCUUAUCACCACUGUCAUCAUCCUCUCUGUUUGGACACCUGGGGAACUGACAUUCUCAGUAAUACUUGUUUUGCAGUGGUGCAGUCCAGAUCUACCCCCAGCCAUGCUUCUUAAUCACCAGUCCCUGGUCCUCAUGCUGUCAGCUAGAAAGCACAGCUCUAUCCAACCGAGUUAUACGGUGAGUCACAGAUGCCAGGACCAUGCGUCAAUUCACAUUUUUUGUAGCCACAUUUAGAAAAGUAAAAAGAUGCAAGUGAAUUAAUUUCAGUAAUAUAUUUUAUUUAACCCAUUAUAUUCACAGCAGUAUCAUUUCAACACAUACUCAAUAUAAAAAUUAUUACAAAUGAGAUGUUUUUGUACAAAGUCUUUGAAAUUUUCCAGCACAUUCCCAUUCUCAUGUGCUACAUGUUUAGUGCUUAAUGACCAUACAUAGCUGGUGGCUACCUGUGAGACAGCACAGGUCCAAAGAUAAGGGCCCACCACUCCUCUAGAACUGUCCUCUAACACUGUCCUCACUCUUCCCUUCCUGCACCUGCACCUCCCUUGUUAGAACAACUCUCCCACUCUAUCCCAGACCAUGUCUGUCUCCACCAUGCAGACAUGGUGCCUGGUGCCAGUGGCAGAUGCCUGUGAACACAAGUGGAUAUCAGGCUGCAAGUCUUCAUUUUCCUCAGGUGGCAGCCCUCAAACACUUGAAGAAAAGUCCAGGUUCACUUGGAAUCCUCUCUUCCCUGUCCCAGCCCCUUCCAAUUCAAUUCUACACAGCAAGUCUACCUUUCCUUCACAUGUACCUCCCAUGCCCUUAUUCUCCAGCUCUGCCAAGGUCCCAAAAGCUCAGCAUCCUGGUGUGCUAGGCUGCUGCUGAGGGGAAGGCAGUCCUGGACAAUGGUCUGGGUACUUGGCCUGUUCAUCCAAGUAUAGCCUGUUACUGCUGUCUCUGGUGACCAGGCCCAAUCCUAGCAGGAUGAGAAGCUUUUAGCAUGUAGAUCCCAAUACCUCCUCCAAAGAGGCAACCUUGGGGAAUGAGGUUCCUGGAUGUCCCAGGUGUCCUGGGAGCCAUAUAACCUUGCUCCACUGGAGUCACUAGAGACCCAGAAGUGAGAGACCUUGAGGACCCCUCCCAAAGUCAUGGUGGGAGUGAGGCUGGAAGAGCAGAGUGGGCGCCAGCUCCAAGAUGUCUGAGUGAGGAUGAGUACUGGUACCUUCUGGCCUUCCUGCCUAUUGAAUCCAGGCAGCAUCUGCGCCACAGACCACUUCCCCCAGGGCACUGGGCUGACUUUACUACACAAUCUUGACUUCCCUGGACCCAAGAGAGUUGUGGAAUCUGGGCACACUGCUGGGCCACCACCAAUACCAAGGACGUUUGCCACUGGAAAACUGAAAACAGCUCUGUCCAAACAGGACAGUCCAAAUGGAAGGCAAGAUUUUACCUCUUUUCCUUCUGCUAAAUUGAAAUAAGCUUAAGUGCAUGACUGAAUUUUAGUACUAUUGUAUACUGUGAUCUCACCUUUUUCUUCAUUAGCCCUAUUAAGGUUCAGGCAAAUGUGUGGCCCCUGAUAUGCUUACAUUCUUGGGUUCUGUCUUUUCCCACCUCUCUUCUUCCUUCUCUCUCUCUCUCUCUCUCUCUCUCUCUCACACGCACACACACGCAAACAUACAAAAUACAGACACACAAGAUAGAGAUCUGGGAGCCACUUCUGACUUUCUCCUCUCAGCCCCCUGUGUACCUACCCUGUACCUGCACAAUCAUCAGGACCCAAGAAAAGUUAUCUGAAUUAAUAGCGCUCUGUUCUAGGCCCACCUGCAAUCUGUCUCCCUUGUCUUGGGGUCCUGGAUCUAUGUGUAAAUCCCCACCACAGCCUCUUGUCUCAUCUCUGUGCUUCAGCGUCCAGCCAAAGCUUCUGCCCUACCAUGCAACCUUCUCAUGUUUCCCCCCUGCUUGAGUACUCCUCAAGGGUCCCACUGCCCAGCAGUGAGAGGGGCUGGGCCAGGCUGUUGUCUGCCUCCUGUUCCCCCAGCAUAGCAAAGGGCUUGUGAUGUGUCAGGUUUUCCAUGCUCUCUAGCACCCCCUUGCUCCCCAGAACCUGCUCUGAUGUCACCUGGUCAGAUGAAGCCCUUGAUUUCUCUGUGCACUUCCAGUCCCCUGAACACCUCUACCACAGUGCUUGUCUCUCUUGUAUCAUUAGUCUCCCCAACUGUUCUGUGGGGCACUUAGGGAUAGAAACUUAGCUUGCUUGUAUCUGCUCCUCCAAGCCCAAACAAGCUUGGCAACUGGCAGGAAAGCUCAGCACACCAUGAAUGAAUGAAUGGAUGGAUGAAUGGAUGGAUGAAUGAAUGGGGCCCCUCUUUACUGAAAAGGCAUUAUUAUGUGAUGCAGGUAUUCAAGGGGUCUUAUGUAUCUGGCCCUCCUGGAAACAUGGUAAGGAGGGAGGUCAACCAAGAGCAAGAAAUGAGGGCUGAGGGUGGCCCUUUGUCCCUCUACCCAUUGGUGCUGGAGUGGUUGUAGGACUCCAGAUGGGCUGUGUUGCAACAACAGCAACUCAGACCACAUUCUGGGCAGCCAAACCAUGGGGUCAUUAUAUGGAUAAAGAAUCACAUAGCAUGCUGAGUCCAUCUCUCCCUUCUGUACCAUCCCAGUCAUAUCCCAAGUAGGUCAGGCCAGCCACAGCAAGUGGUGGAGGCACAGAAGACACGGGACCAGAUAUGCGCAGCAGAGGAUGGGGAUGGGGCGAUGGGGCACAGAGCUAGGGUGAGUGGGAUAAAGGGAAGUGCCUCAGAGUUCCAGGGACCCACGUCCAAAUGUUGUCCAACAGAAGCAAGCCAUGACUGUGCCAGGAUCUGUGUAAUUAGAAGAGUAAAGGAAUGGUGACUUUCACCAUCAGGAUUCUUGCUAGAUACCUGACUCACCCUCACGCUAGGAAGCAGGGGCCAGGGACUUACCCAGGAAGGAGUGUGAAGGGGUCACCUGCCAGAUCCCAUAGGUCCUUUCUUUUCAGGGAGGGCUGGAGCACCAGAGGAGGGGACCAGCUCUUCCCCAAUUUUACUCUCCUGCUUCCCAUGUCCCUGUAUCUGCCCACACAUUUGUAGGGCUCAGUUAUCUACACAGCUUUAGUGAAAGGAGAGGACAUAGCACAAAAAGAAAAAUGAUGCUGUCCAAAUUACACUGGUAGACAAGGAAACCUUCCUCCAAAGUCCCCAUGCUAUGGUGCCCAUCUUGCAUUUCCUAGCCCUUGAGGAUUAAUGCCACUUGGCCUAAGGACCUAUUUAUUGCCUUACUGAACAGGACAGCUGGUGCUAAAAAUAGCCUCCUAAUCCAAGCAGCUUAGAAUAGCAAGGGUAGCAGAGGCCACUGGCUUCCUGUCUCCUGUCCUAGAAAAACACAGUAUGGUCAGGCAAGAAAAAAAUUGAAUUUAGUGAACCCCAACCCUCCUCCCAGCAUGCACUAUCUCCUCAUUCCACAUUCAAUAUUGGCUUCCAAAAAUUCUUUUCUCCUAAGUGGCACAAAUCAAAACACAUAGGAAAAGUGGAUUUAUUUUCUAUAGGAUUUAUAUCCUGCUACACGAUCUUAAACUUCCUACAUGAUUUCAACUACAAAAAAAUCAAAAAACACCAUGCAAAUAGCCAGAAUGUAUUAACCAUUUUUCUGAAAAGAAGUGGCCUGCAGAGGAGGCCUGCUACCUCUAAGAGAUGCAAGCACCUUCCAAAAUAAGGGAGGAUGCAUGUUUCACCUUGAGAGUACUGCUGCCUUUCACCCUAAGGAGAAUUCUCUUCCUGUGCCCAGAUGGAUAGGGCUGUAUGGAUGAGGUUAAAUAGUGCCAGGCCGAGCACCUGGCCUGUUUGCAGACUGGGACCAUAAUAGAGUUAAGGAUGCCCAGCUGGUGAUUCCUGCCUCUCCUCAUCAUCACCAUCACUAAUAUGCUUCCUUAAGUCUAUGCAUUUCAUUUUGGCCUCCAGUCCCUGGGUGCCCAAAGACCCAAGACCAUAGGAAAAGUAGAUGAGAGGACAGAGCCUGUAGGAAAAUAGUGGUAAAGACAGCAAAAUAGCACGGGCUGCCUUGAUGUUAAGAUGGCUUGAUGUUAAGAGGCUACCUUCUUAGGUGUGGAGUGCUGGGGAGCUUUUACUGAACUUGGAAGGCAGGAGGGAAAUUUCCAAAAGACAUGUUGCAUAUCAAAGCCAAAGAAUUGGAGUGCAAAGAAAAUUAAAUAUGAUGUAGAGAAUUUAAGGAAUGUGACGAUUUUUAGCCAAGAAAUGUAGAGGAAAAUUCAUACCUGCUGAUGUGAUGUCUUGUGGCAACACAACCAGCCAACCCGUAAAUGGAAUAGAAGGUGACAGAGAGAGGGCAAAGUCAUGAUUAAAAGUGACUACUCUCCUGUAGAGAAAGGAGGGCAGGAGAAAAGAGUGAAUUAACAGGAUUCGACUGCCAAGAAGACUUUGGGAAACCAGCCUGGUGUCAAGUAGUAACUGUCACAUUAAUAAGUUGCAAACCAUCACCUCUAUAAGUCAUCUUUCAGUCUGUCAAUUUAAAUGUCUGCAAAGCAACUUGCAUUUACCUCAAUUUUUACCAAAAUAAACUCCAUUGUCAAAGUCAA